AUGGCUUUUCUCGGCCCCGUCAUGUGCCGCGCACUCGCCGCAGCCGUCCUCGUCUAUCUGCCCCGUCGGCCCCAUUGUCCUACACACUCCACUCAGAACAUUCCACCCAGCACAUACCAUCACCUGCUUGGCACCGCCCUCACCACACCCAGCACACCGCCAUCCACUGCGCUCACGGAUGCACCCAACGCCCGAGUGCCUGGCUCCCCCAUCAUGAACAACCACUCUGAACACGAGCAAAGGGCGCCGCGCGAGGCGUUCCUCACCUAUCUCCACGAAUACCUCGUCCAAAACGGGUGCACGCACACAGCACAGGCCUUGGCCAAGGAAGCCCGUGUGCGCCCGCUGGAGCACGCGCCAGACUCGUUCUUCUACGACUGGUGGUGCCUCUUGAUGAACAUGCACCAGGGCCUGGCCAUGCCGCCGCCGAGCCACGGCGCCCCCACAUACCAUCACCUGCUUGGCACCGCCCUCACCACACCCAGCACACCGCCAUCCACUGCGCUCACGGAUGCACCCAACGCCCGAGUGCCUGGCUCCCCCAUCAUGAACAACCACUCUGAACACGAGCAAAGGGCGCCGCGCGAGGCGUUCCUCACCUAUCUCCACGAAUACCUCGUCCAAAACGGGUGCACGCACACAGCACAGGCCUUGGCCAAGGAAGCCCGGCCUGGCCAUGCCGCCGCCGAGCCACGGCGCCCCGUGGGCACCCACAUCCGCGCCGCCGACUGCAACAGACCCUUUGGCCGCCGGGGCGUUCCCCAGCUCGCACCCAUUCAAGGUCCCUGCCCGGCGCGUCCGGGCGUGCUCCCGCCGCCGCCCCAGCGCGCGGGCCCGGCGAUGCCCAUGCCGCGGCCUCUACCCAAGCCCAAGCCCAAGCCCAAGAGUCGCAAAUCACUGGCUAAGGGCAAGCUGGCGCUCAAGGCGCUGCCCAUCCUUGCUCCGGGUGUGGCGCCUUUGGUGGUGCCGCGUACGUCGGUGCUGCGCAACUCACAGGGUAGCGCCGGGCGCAGCAACCCGUCCAAGUCCCCGCUCCACGCCAAGCCGGGUGGGCCUCUGCCGGUCACGCCCCACUGGGACACCGGGCGCGCUGCCGCAGACCCAUUCCCGCGGGACCUUGCGCCGGGCGGCGGCCCAAUGCCCCAUAUCGUGCAGACGCCUGGGAUCGCAUCAUCUCACAGCGCACAGUUGCAACAACAACAACAGCUACAACAACAGCAACAACAGCUACAACAACAACAGCUACAACAACAACAAUACCAGCAGCACCAACACCAUCAGACGUCCAGCCUGAAAGGCCACCAUGACCCGUCGCAGGCGAGCACGCCAAGCACCCAGCCGCCUGACCUGCAGCAACAGCUCUUCCUGCAGCAGCAGCAGCAGCUCCUCCAGCAGCAAAGUAUUGCCCAGCUCCAGCAGCAGCACGCAAAUGGGCAGCCCGCCAUGUUCUACCCCAAGUCGGACCCCAUGAACGAGCUCAUGGGCAGCGCCGGUGAUGCCGCCUUCUUGGACGAUAUGAUCGGAAGCAACAUAUACGGCGGCCCUAUGUUCGCGGCGCAGCCGCCCAUGGAUGCACCAGGCUUCGGCCCAACCGCGCCGAACAGGUCAUACCCACAACAACACGCGCAGCCCAAGGGGCUGGACUUUGGCGCAAAAGAUGCGGAUCAUGCUGGCAUGAUCAACGGCGUUGCGGGGCCCGGUGACGCCUUCAUGGAGGAAGGCUUCGGCUAUGACUUAAGCUCGCACAUGACGUUCACAGCGCUGGAAGAGCUCGACGGGGACCCGGAGAAUUACAGGGCGGACGCAGACUACGCUUUCGGUGGCGAGAGCAAUGCCGCCGGCGACUUUUAUCUCGAGCCGCCGUUGACCAUGUCUCUCUAG